UAUCUAGUGUGCUGAUGAGAACAUUUCGCCUUGAUUAAUCAACUGGCACUAAUUGUGAAUCUGCGCUAAAGAGGUCCGCCAUGGCUAGCAAACGGCACAAAUCUUCUUUACCCGUUCGGAGGAAAAAUCACGAGAUAAUAGAGCGCAAUAGCACAAUUUUAGAUUCGUGCGCUUCAAAAUAGGCGAGGAGUGUCGCAGGCGGCGCAGUUCUGCGGUCUUUGAGCGAAAUUAAAGAACCCGCGUCGGCGGUGGAUCGAGAGCACCGCGUGUAAUAAAUAAGUUCAAAGAAAAGUGCACUGUCACCUGCGGCGGCUCGAGGCCAAAGGAUCGAAAUCUCUCGACACUGAUUGUAUCAAUGAAAAAGGAGCACGUCGUCGCAUAUUAUUCUUUUGGGUUGAUCGACUGGCCUUCGCUGCGACAAGGAUGCUAAGUGUCGACGCUUUUUCAGCGCACACGCCUCUUUCGCGGCAAUUAGAUUACAGCAAAAAGCGAACAGACCCAAAGGAAGUUUAGCUGGAAUCGGAAAUACUGUCAACCUUCUCGGCGACAGUCCAUGAAAUCCCGCUUUUUCUGCCUGCCACCUUGAGGUGUAAUCAAGCUGAAAUGGAAAAUUUUUGCCCUCACGCUUUGCUAUAAAACAUUUGGCACAAUUAUGACACUGUUUAGUUUGUCGUAUUAGAUUGGAGUGUGCACACUGUCUGCUGCGUUGAAAAUGAAAAUUUUAAAGUGGCUCCUAUCUCUGGCCAUCCUCUGUGAAUCGACCUUCGCCCAGCAAAACCUUUUCUUCCCCGGCUCUACCAACACUCAAGCACAAAACUCACCAUCCAUCCAAUCGAUUUCAAGCCGAAUCGCCAACCGCCUGAAAGCGAAUAACAAUAAACGAAACGAAGAAAGACGAACUUUCGAAGCCCCCAAGCCAGGAGAUGUCACGACCACCAGCACCAUGCCGCCAGAAUAUGCCAAUUCUAGGUCGUACGAACAGAACCCUCAAUUCCCGUUCUCCACUCCGCCACCUUUCGUGAACAACAAUUUCUUCAGUAACAACAGACCAUCAUUUUUCUCCUCUGGAAGCCGGCCAGGCUUUUUCGGUAGCUCGCCUUUUGGCCUAAAUGACUUCAACUUCCAGGCUGCCACCUUUCCUACCUUGAACCAAAGGCCCGAUUCAAAUAUUUUCAACUCUGGUGCCAAUCAGGGCGCAGGUCAACCCAAAAACUACCAUUUUCGCCGAGAUUACAACGACAAGGACGGCUACUCGCCCUGGAGGGACGUGACGGGGUCCAACAGCCCCCAGGGGGACUUCCAGCAGUCCACUGGUAUUAGGCAAAAUAGCUUCCCAAGUCCCAACUUCCACCAAAAGUUUGAUUUGGGACCGCAAGGAUUUUUCAAUUUUGGAAAGCAAGCGGACGAGAAGAAAAACGGCAGCAAUGGAUAUAGCGACAAAACGGUGGCGAUCAUGAAAAUCGAACCCGCGGAGAAGCACCACAAAAACCUUGGGGACUUUGCAAGGGGGAACUCGCAGAAUAGGUUUGGAAACAGCGCAGAAAAUGAUUUUAACUUGAACAGCUUGGCACAGAGUUUCCGCAGCAUUAAAUGGCCUGGACAAAAUUAACAACCAAAUUUCACUCUGUAAAAAUGUAAACAAAAAUAAAGCAUUCUGUUGAGGUCGUGA